AUGCAUCUGAAUGGCGGUGUACUGUUGGGAAUCGCCGUACUGCUCGCACGGAUCAUCGCAAUCACGGGGACUGAACUCUCCACCAACAGAUUCUUGAGGAUCCGCAACAUCGCCAAGGAGAACGAUGAAGAGAGGAUGACCAGCAUGAAUUCAGUCCCGGUGGUUGAGAAGAUAUCUCGUUCUGUGAGCUUCAAUGCAUUCCACAAGAUUGACCCAGACGUGGCGGUGUCCCAGCUAGUCCGUGCAGCACAGAAUUCCCCAAAAUCUGAGAAGAUAGCUACAUCCUUCCAAAAUAAACAGCUUCACGCCUGGUUGGACGGUGGAGUGCCCCCACAAACAGUCUUCCAGUUCUUAGCGCUCGACACACAGGGAGAUAACUUGUUUGCCAGUCCACAAUUCAAGGCCUGGUUGGAGUACUCAAUGAAUUUCAAGAAAGCGAAUCCUCGCACAAAUACGAUACCCGUUAUUGAUACACUUGCAGUUUAUUACAGUGAUGAGGCUUUAGUGCGAAUUAUUAAGGCGUCCAAGGAAGCCGCACACACGAAAAUCAGGUCCGAUUACUUUGAGAAAGCUCUGUUCGCUAAAUGGGUGGAAAACAAGAAAACCUCAGCGUACAUCUCGAACAUGAUGGGCAGAGAAAUGACCCCAGACGAAGCCUUCAAAUUGCUCACGCUCGAUAAGGCAGGGGAUACAACCUUCACGGACCCAAGGUUUGGCACUUGGCUCACGUUCACGAAAGUUUUCAAGAAAGAGCAUCCGAAACUUAAGACCAAUCCAGCUAUUGAUACACUCACGACUUACCUUGACGACCAGGUGCUAUCCAAAUUGAUCAAACGGGCAGAGCAGAGCCCAGGGAUGGAGGAAAUGGCUACCUAUGUCAGGAAUGCUCUUCUUGACAAAUGGGUAACGGAUGGAAAAGUGCCAGCAUUCGUGGUUAAGAAACUUGGGACAUCGAAAGAAAGAACAGCAGAGCUGUUGCGUACAUUCCUCGACAAAAUAAAAUCAAGGCCGCCUUUUAAGGCUGAAGCAAAUGUUACGAGAAAAAGAAAACGGUACGCGAACGUGGUUUACAAUUAG